AUGGAGGAACUGCUUUGGAAGGAUCAUUGUGUGCUCCUCAACAAGGAUGAAGAAAAUGAGCUGGAGAUAUUUGGCUACAAAACCCAAGGCUGGCAGAGGGUCUUGUGCAUUGCUGGAUACAUCUUCUCCUGUGGGGCUCUGCUGCUGUUUUACUGGAAGCCAGAGUGGGAUGUGUGAGCAAACUGCAUCCGCUGCAGCUUGGAAGAAGCGGACGCUGUUCUGCUCAAACAACAGUAGGAUGAGUUUCAGAGAUACACCUGCAAGAAGGUGACCUGGAUUGAUUUGUCCACUUUGGCACUACCUGUUGGUAGUAAUUCAGAUGAUCCUCUUGUAGCUGAUAAAGAUGUCAUAAACAGAGCCAUAAUGAAGCCACAGUUAAAGAUCAGAUGUAUCCAGGUGCAGAAGAUCUGUUAUAUUUGGGAAUUUUCUGUAAAAGAAUUCAAGAAAGUUGGAUCGUUAGAAGACAGCAACACAUGUCACAGCAUACACCACAAGUUUGGAGCUGGCCUCACAAGGGAAGAACAGAAGAUCAGGCAGCUGGUGUGUGGACCAAAUGCCAUCGAAGUUGAAAUUUGUUCUAUUUGGAAGUUACUUUUUAAAGAGAUUUUAAACCCCUUCUAUGUGUUUCAAGCCUUCACCCUCAUCCUUUGGCUGAUCCAAGGCUACACUGAAUAUUCAGUGGCCAUCGCAAUCCUGUCAAUCGUUUCUGUUGGCUUAACCGUGUAUGACCUCAGACAGCAGUCUACCAAACUGCAUGGCCUUGUUGAGGAGCAUAACAAAGUCCAGGUUACAGUCUGCACAAAGAGCGAAGGUUGCAAAGAGCUGGAGUCCCAUUACUCAGUCCCCAGAGACAUGUUUCUUUUAGAUGGAAAAAAGCUCACUCUCCCAUGUGAUGCUGUCCUGAUUGAUGGAAGCUGCAUUGUGAAUGAAGGGAUGCUCACAGGUGCAGUGACUCCAUGCUGCUGUGCCCCCUUACCCCUCACGGAGGGUCCAAUGCCCUGGAAAACCCACAGCAUAGAAGACUAUCAGAGACAUGUCCUCUUCUGCAGGACAGAAGUCACACAGAUGAAGCCGACAGGCAGAGGGCCAGCGAGAGCCGUUGUGCUGCAAACUGGGUUGAAUACAGCUAAAGGUGACCUGGUGAGAUCCAUCCCCUACCCCAAGCCAGUGAACUUCAAACUCUACAGAGAUGCCUUCAAGUUCAUUGUAGGCCUCUCUGUCAUUGGUGUGUUCGGACAUUACACCAUGUGUGUGUUUGUGUCCCACAAGAAGCCAGUGGCAGAAGUGGUGGCUAGGGCCCUCCUCCUCCUCACUGUGGCUGUGCCUCCCGCUAUCCCUGCUGCCUUGACAACAGGCACUGUUUAUGCCCAAAGGAGGCUGAAGAAAAAGAUGACUUUCUGCAUCAGCCCACAGAGGAUUAAUAUCUGUGGGCAGACCAACCUUGCUUGCUUUGACAAAAUGGGUACGCUGACAGAAGAUGGACUGGACCUGCGGGGCAUCAUCCCUUCUGAGGGAAGCCGGUUUCAGAAAAUCCAUAAGAUCCCAUCCAGCAAUCCUCUGCCCUGGGGACCUGUGUGUGGAGCCAUGGCAAGCUGUCAUUCACUGGUCGUUUUGGACAAGAAGAUUCAGGGAGAUCCGCUGGACCUGGAAAUGUUUGAGGGCACACACUGGGAGACAGAUGACUCCAGCACAGCUCAGGAUGGGGCUGAUGUUCUCGACAUCUGCAUCAUUAGACUGGGGCCGAAGGCCAGCAGUGCUCCUGUGGAAGGAAUAGCAAUCCUACAUCAAUUCCCAUUUUCUUCUGGACUGCAGAGGAUGUCUGUUGUUUUGCAGAAGAUCGGAGAGGAACAGUAUGACCUGUACAUGAAAGGAGCACCAGAAAUGGUGUCCAGCUUUUGUAGACAAGAAACUGUCCCAGCUAAUUUCUUAAGGGAGCUUAAGAUGUACACAAGCCAAGGCUUCAGAGCCAUUGUCCUGGCCCAUAAAGUGCUAAACCUAGGAAAGGAUGUAGAUGUGAGCAACACAGAGAGAGAGGAGGCAGAGUCUGGGCUGGUGUUCCUGGGCCUCCUGGUGAUGGAGAACUGCCUGAAGCAGGAGAUGAAGCCCAAGCUACAAGACCUGGCUGCCACUUGCAUCAGGAGCAUCAUGGUCACAGGGAAAAACCUGCAGACAGCUAUCGUGGUGGCCAGGAACGUGGGUAUGGUUCACACGGGCGGCAAAGUCAUCCUCAUCGAAGCAAACGAACCGGAGGGCUCCACUCCAGCUGCCAUUGCCUGGUGACUGGCAGAAGACAGCAAAGCAAACACAGCUGCUCCCCAUGCUGCUGCAGAGCACGUGGUGAUCGCUGGCUUCCCAGAACCUCCUACAGAGCAGGCAAGGCAGAAAACAGAGCAGGAUAAAUCUGUUAGAGGAAACCUGAACCCUAAGGGUAGCAAAACCAUGAUACUGGUCAAUGUGACUGUCUUUGCUAGGAUGUCUCCUGGCUAGAAGUCCAGCCUUGUUGAAGCGCUUCAGAAACUCAAUUACUAUGUGGGUAUGUGUGGUGAUGGCGCCAACGACUGCGGGGCUUUGAAAACGGCCCAUGCAGGGAUAUCACUGUCAGAGCAGGAGGCAUCUGUGGCCUCGCCUUUCACCUCCCAAAUCCACAACAUGCAGUGCGUGCCGGAGCUGAUCAGGGAAGGUCGAGCUGCUUUGGUUGGUUCCUUCACUGUGGUUAAAUACCUGACCCUUUACGGCCUGAUACAGUUUGUUGGUACUGCUCUGCUGUUUUGGGUAAGUGUUUUGUGCCCAUCUUUUGUCAGUACGCUGUCGGAUGGGGUUCUGUGUGUGUGGCUCUGCUUGCCCAUGAGCUUGACUGAAGCCUAUCCAAAUCUGGCGCCUUAUCGCCCUCCUGGCCAGCUCAUCUCUCCUCCCUUGCUGCUCUCCAUCAUCCUCAAUGUGUGCUUUACCAUAAUCAUGCAAACCUGUGGCUUCCUUCUGGUGAAGCAGCAGCCCUGGUAUGUAGCGCUGGCCAGCCAAAGACAUUGCUCUCCAGGGAACCAGACCGUGUCCCCCACCAGCCCAGGAGGAAACGGUACCAGCAGCGGUGCCCAGAGCACUGUCCUCGGUUAUGAAGACACUACGCUGUGGCCACUGUCUUCUUCAAUCAACUGCAUCAUGGUGGCCUUUGUCUUUUCCAAGGGAAAGCCCUUCUGGAAGCCCAUCUACACCAACUAUGUAUUUUCAGUCCUCCUGGCCCUCCAGCUUGCACUCUGCCUCUUCCUCUUUGCCAACACUGAUGCUGUGUACAGUGGCAUGCAGUUUCUUUGCACUCCUGUGAUCUGGAGAGUUUACAUCUUACUGAUGCUCUUGGUCACCUUUUCACCUUUUUUGUGGGCCCAAAAGGUUAUCUUGCAGAACAAGCACCUCUGGCUGCUGAUUAAAGCCUGGUUUGGGUACAAGUCAAACAGCCAGUACCGAAAAUGGCAGAGGAUGCUGCAGAGGGAUCCCAGCUGACCUCCCAUGAACGCAAAAGACUAAGCAAAAAGCAUGGAUGAGAUUUACAUUAACCCCACCUAUGAAUACAGCGCUGAGGACUAG